AAUUUAUAUUUAUAUAUAUUGUCUAUUUUCACUGUUUUUUUUUUCGUUUUAGAUUUGUUCUAUGUAUAUUUCUUUUUUGUUCUCUUAACUCAUUAGUAAGCAAUAUGUUCUUGGUCUGGAUCACUUUUUUCUUUUAAUAAUUGAAUUAUGCCAUCUCCUAGGGUGUGGUGCUCUUGGAUCUUUUUUUUUUUUUUUUUUUUAUUGGGAAGAUUUUGCAAAAGCUUGAAUCAUAUUAUUUGUAGAUAUUGAAUGAGUUUCAGGUUUAAGGAUUUGUGUUAGAUCCAUUUGUAUAUGUUUGAUUUAAUCUAUUGGGUUAUGAUAUAUUAGGCUGUGGAAUGGAAGGAUUGAUUCAAGGACGGCCAACAUUGGGGGUUGUAGUUUUAAGUUUUGUUGGUGAUCUUGUGUUUAAAAUUUUAGGCCACUUCUAUUAGACCUCUACUCAAAUCACAUAAGAAGGCCAUGAAUCAUAGCUUUGGCAUAGGUUUAAUGCAUAAUUAUUAGCAAACAGUCUGUAAAGUUUGGAGCAUCGUGUGGGAUCAGAUUUGUGUAAAAGUGGUUUGCCCUUUGGAUAAACUAAUUUGACUUGAGAUUUGAGAAUCUCUUUUGGACUUUGAAGGACAGGCACCCAAUUGAUGGGUGAAAUAUGUAAGUUAUAGUGAUUGGACUUCAAUGGAAGUUCAUUGUUAGACUAUUGUGAUUGGUGAUGAAUAUGUCACAAUCAGCCGAAGGGAAAUCUGUAGGGACCAUUCAUUGGGAUGGGAAUAGAGGAUUAGAUUUCACAUGCUUCUAUGGAAUGUUUUUCUUAAUCAUAUCACCUAAUGCCUCUUUCUGCUCACCUUUUUUGACUGGAGCACAAUCUUCUCAUUAAUUUCUUAGUGUUAAUAUCUCUAGAUUCUAUAAUGAUUUAGAGUAUCGUAUUUUCAUAUUGCUGAGAAGGUGUUUAAUCAUGUGAACUUCCUCCGAGGAAUAUAUAUGUGCAUUUUUAGAUUUUUUUUCUCCCUUGGUUCAUCUAUCAUAUUUGUCAACCAUUGUUGGCUUAAUGAGUUUCAAUGUUUAUCAUGAUUUGCUGAUUGAUUUUCUGCAAGGUGCCAUUUCUCAGCCUUUAAAUCUCUAUAACGUUACUUUUGGCUUCUUUACUUGUUAAAGGGCUAAAAGAAUGGACUUGAUUUCUGGAAUUAUGUUUGUUUCAACACAAAAAUAAACAAAGUAAUGAAGUAUGACGAGGAGGCUACCUUGAAAAUGAUGAGAACAUAUUUAGGAUGAAAAUAUCAGAAUUUUUACUUGGAGGGUAAAUGUGUAGAAAGUUAGCAAGCUGUAUCGUUUCAAGAAAUGGCCAUGGAGCCCGAUGGACCCAAACAAGCAAGGAAAAGAAAUUAUUUGAUUCAAGAAAAUGGUGAUUGUAAUUCAUUAAGCAUGGGUGAAGAUCUUGAUCCCUGGACUGCAUGGGCGUACAAGCCUCGUACUAUAUCAUUAUUACUUAUUGGUGCAUGCUUCCUUAUCUGGGCCAGUGGAGCCCUUGAUCCUCAAAACGCAGCACAUGAGGAUAGUGCUACAUCUGUUAAAAGGGGUGUAUGGGCUAUGAUUUCAGUAUUUCUUGCCUAUUGUUUGCUGCAAGCCCCAUCAACGAUUUUGAUUAGGCCUCAUCCAGCAAUUUGGCGUUUGGUACAUGGAAUGGCUGUCAUUUAUUUGAUAGCGCUUACUUUUUUGCUUUUUCAGAGUCGUGAUGAUGCUAGACAGUUUAUGAAGUUUCUCCAUCCUGACCUUGGUGUUGAGCUUCCAGAAAGAUCUUAUGGUGCUGAUUGUCGCCUUUAUUUACCUGAAAAUUCCAGAAGCAGGUUUAAGAAUGUUUAUGAGACGCUUUUCGAUGAAUUUGUUCCGGCUCAUAUAAUUGGAUGGUGGGGCAAGGCUAUAAUGAUCCGUAACCAAGCUCUACUAUGGGUGUUGUCAAUUGGGUUUGAAAUGAUGGAGCUGACCUUUCGCCACAUGUUACCAAACUUCAAUGAAUGCUGGUGGGACAGUAUCGUUCUUGAUAUUUUGAUAUGUAACUGGUUUGGCAUCUGGGCAGGAAUGCGUACUGUUCGAUACUUUGACGGUAAAACAUACAAGUGGGUUGGUCUAAGUCGUCAACCUAAUAUUAUUGGGAAAGUCAAACGAACACUGGGACAAUUCACACCAGCGCAGUGGGACAAAGAUGAGUGGCACCCGUUGCUUGGUCCAUGGCGUUUCAUUCAAGUUAUAAGUCUUUGCAUCAUCUUCUUGACAGUAGAGCUCAAUACAUUCUUUUUGAAGUUUUGUCUUUGGGUACCCCCUAGGAAUCCUGUGAUCAUAUAUAGGCUAAUUUUGUGGUGGCUAAUUGCGAUCCCAACCAUUCGCGAGUAUAAUUCCUACCUUCAAGAUCGAAAGCCCGUGAAGAAAGUUGGCGCAUUUUGUUGGCUCUCGCUUGCAAUUUGCAUCAUUGAACUUCUUAUUUGUAUAAAGUUUGGACAUGGUUUAUAUCCCAAACCAAUGCCCCUUUGGCUAGUAAUAUUCUGGAUCUCUGUUGGGGGUGCAGUCAUAUUAUUCCUUAUUAUUUGGUCGUGGCAAUCGCAUCAACGUUUAGCAAGAAAGAAGCAAUGAUCUCUCAGCAGCAGUGGUAGACUAUUCUUUGGUUUCUUCAUGUCAAAGGGGGAUUCCCAUGUAAAUAUUUUACCCACAUUGAUUGUACAUGAGUUUCCUCUCAGAAAAUGGACUAAUUUCCCAGAUGAGUAAUCUUUUUCUUUUUGGGAAUUACGUUUCUUGAGUGGAAAUUUUUUUUUUUUCUUUUUCUAAAUUUUAGGAUGCAAGGUUAGAGUUGGUUUUUUAUGCUUUUUUUUUUUUCUUUUUUUCUUUUUUUCCAUUUUGGAUGUGGAUGAGUUGGGGGGUUUGUUUCUUGGGUUUCCAUUUUACUUUUAUGUUGAUUUAAUUUUAAUGUUUGAGAUUGAUAUUUAAUCUUGAUAUAUUAUUGUGAUUUUUUU